AUGAGCAUGGGGCCGGAUCACGACUAUUUGCAAAACCAGGACCCAGGAGACCAUGACCUUGAGGACCUUGAUAAGUCACCACCAAAACGGCAAAAGUUUGAACAUCAGGAACAGCAUUUUGCAUAUUCCGUCGCAUCAUCUGGCGACGAUGAAAGUGGCACAGACGAAGGCCUCUCAAAACAAAAGCGACGGGCGCAAGAUGAGAUCGUGGAACCAGUUCUUAAGCGUCACAAAGGCGUCUUCAACAACAACUACUUGGAUCUCUUGAACGGGGAUAUCCAAGAUGUCGUUCAUCACACAGCUUUCGGAGGAGACGAUAAUCUGCCCCCUUCGCAGAUUGGCCUGACAACUUGGACGUCGUACGAGAAGAAGCUCUUCUUCGAGGCUCUCUCGAGACUCGGCAAGGACGACUUACCGGGCAUCUCGGCCAAGAUCCAGACCAAGAGUGAGAUCGAAGUCCGCCAGUAUAUCCUCCUCCUGCAAGAGGCUGUUGAGGGAAGGGACAAAGAGCAGGACGGAGGCAACAAGCCAAUACAUCUAGCAGAUUACCCUGCAGCCCUCGAGAUUAGUCCGCUAUGCUGCCACGCGCUCGACCAAGCAGCCGACGCACUUUCGUUCCGUCAAGAACGACACGAGGAGCUCGUCGAACAGAAGAAGUGGGGGGAGUGCUGGAACAUCAACCUGGAGCUCGCGAAACGCAUCGAAGGCGACCACGGACUGGACAAGGACCCGACCUUCGCGAGCGAUCACGGACUGUCUUUCACCGAGGUCCUUCGGGUGAAGAGCUUCCUUCGUCUUCCCGAGCGCAUCUUCAUGAACGCAUCCAAUGCAGAGAAUAACUGGCAGUACGUUAGCGAGGAACCGCCAACGAUCAGAGCAACGGCAUUGCAGGAUUUCCACUCCCUUCUCGUUUCUGUCACCAAGAAAAUUAUCCUCACUACACUUUAUAUUGCGCAAUCCCGGAUCCGAGCCAGGAAGCACGUUGAACCAUCGACGAGGAAUCUGGUCAGGCGCAAGGACGUUGAGGCGGCAGUCGCAUCGCUGGGUAUGAAGCAGAACAGCAACGAGUUCUGGACAACAUGUGCACGGAGGUUACGACUUCACAUCUGCGAUGACGAUGCCGAAGAUGUUAGGGACGACGAGGAUGAGGAGCCAAUGCCAUAUGACCGCGUGGAAAGCGUCUUGCGCAGGGAAGUGGAUACCGAGCAUCCGAGCCAGAGCUUCCCGACACCCCAGAUCAAAUUCGAGAAAGACGAAAUGUCGGACUCGGCAGAUGAUGAGGACUCCGUCUUGGAAGAAUCGAGUGAUGAGGCACCUGCAAUCAUGGACGACGCAGAACGCGAGGCCGUCGAGGAGGCUAACGAGGUACUCGUCUACUCCGCGUACGACUUCCCCGAGACACAUCGCACGAGAGAAGCCUUGAAGAAUAGGAUCAGGAACGAGCUGGCGCAGGAAGCGUAUGCAGAGGCCGAAGAUGCAAAGGCGAGCCGCGAGUACGAGUCGGACAUGUGGCGGCUCCUGCAGCGACAACCCCCCGAGCCGUUCGUCAAGACGCAGACCACAGAGCCUACUAAGCAAGUAGCCAGGGCUGUGGAAGAUGUGUACGAUGUCGGGCGGAGAUGGAGGGAGAAGUUGACGUAUCACAGCGAGUGGGAAAUGCUCGGCACGUCUCAGUUUCAGGACAAGAAAGCAUGA